AUAAUUUUUAUCAAUUUUAUUUUCCUCUGCCAUAUCAGCUGCUUAUCACUUAUGUCUCAGUUAAUGAAACGUAUUUAUUAGUAGGCACACGAAUAUUUUAAAUAACAAUUCAUUGAUAUGUUUCUAUAUCAAAUCCCAAUUAAUCACUGCGCAUAUUUUAUUACUAUUUAUUAUUAUGCAACAGUUACAUUCGAAAAAGUAUAAGCGCUUAACCUCUCAGUAAGGCUUACCGGUUUGAUUACAGAAUGCCAAGAAAUUUCGAUAAAUUUUUCAUUACAAUGACUUACGAAUCGCAACUUGUAACUCGUUGCCUUUAGUGUACAGAAUCGUACGCGGAAACUUUUAUUUACGAUCAAAUUCAUCGAAUUGUACAUAGUUGAGGUUAUUCCGAAUUUCUAAUCAUUAUUUAUAGUAAAUAGAUCAAAUAUGAAACAAUGAUGAUAAUAAUGCAAAGAUAUCAGCGAUUAAUAGAAUUCAGAAAAUUGUUGACGACCUAUGUGCAUUCUAGUCAAAGACAUUGCGUUAUUAACCAAUUGUACUCUCACGUCACGAUUCACACUUCAUCCUUUACGUAUAACAAACAUGAAAGUAGAAAGUCCAUCGAGGUAUUAUCAAAGACAAACGAUGAAAUAACAAACGUACAGCCAACGCAAAAACCGACAUUCCUUGCAAAGAUGGUUGAAAAUUCCUCACCUAAAGUGCGACCGUACCUGAAACUAUUAAGAAUGGAUAAACCGAUAGGAUCGUGGUUAUUGUUUUGGCCCUGUGCUUGGAGUAUAGCCAUGGCAGCGCCACCGGGUGCAUUUCCAGAUUUUCAACUUUUGACUCUCUUUGGAAUCGGCGCAUUGGUCAUGCGUGGAGCAGGAUGUAUUAUAAAUGAUAUGUGGGAUCAAGAUAUCGAUGGAAUGGUAGCCAGAACAAAAGAUAGACCGUUGGUUACAGGAGAAAUCUCACCUCUUCAAUCGCUUGUUUUCCUUGGAAGCCAGCUAACAUUGGGACUACUUGUAUUGUUACAAUUAAAUCUUUACAGUAUUAUACUGGGUGCAAGCUCGAUAGUUUUAGUGAUACUUUAUCCCGUUAUGAAAAGAAUAACAUAUUGGCCACAAUUGAUACUAGGAAUGACUUUUAAUUGGGGUGCACUUCUGGGUUGGUCCGCUGUCCAAGGAUCGUGUGACUGGUCCGUAUGUCUACCUCUUUACGUCAGUGGAAUUUGUUGGACACUAUUCUACGAUACUAUAUACGCCCAUCAGGACAAAAUGGAUGAUAUUAUAAUAGGUAUAAAAUCGACAGCUUUGAAAUUUGGAGACAGAACAAAAAUGUAUUUGUCCGGAUUUAGUUCAACCAUGAUUACUGGUUUACUUACAUCAGGUAUAUUAACUGCACAAACUUGGCCGUAUUACACUGCAGUUGGAUUAGUAGGUUCUCAUCUUGGUAAUCAGAUCUACAGUUUGAACAUUGACAAUCCUGCAGACUGUGCUGAAAGAUUCAUCUCUAAUCAUAGGGUUGGAAUGAUUUUAUUUGCUGGAAUCGUGUUGGGAAAUCUAGCAAAAGAUUCUUUACGUAAAAAUGACGACGAUAUAGAACAGAAUCUGAAAAUCGAAUCUGUUUCCGCUGAAUAAGUCGAACGUUAGUUUCGUCGCUUCUCCAUGUAAUACUUUGAUCAAUUUAAUUACAAUUGGAUAGUUUUUAUUGUACGUGCAGAACUGUGAGUACGUUAAAGAGAAGAAAAUUAUGCGACAAGCUGGCUAGUUCCAGCUCAUUACAGGAACUAGUUUCAAUCGUUAGAUACCCGUGUGCCAUACAAGAACUUUAAUUUUUCGUUUUAAUUUAUACAAUAUAUUAUAUAUUGUUUUCAAAAUUGUGAAUAAUACAAUUUAAACAUUGGAACAAAUAA